AUUGGUUAAUUUUAUGGAUGACUACAAAGGGAUGACAAGACAGACCCGGUAGAAAGUUGCCACAUUUGAGAAGGUGGAUAUUGCAUGGUAACGUGGGCUUGUCCUUAAAGCAGACACAAGACACUUAAAUUCUAAUUGGCCAGUAUGACGGAUUCUCAGUAUAUCCUGCCCAAUGACAUUGGCAUCUCAUUGCUACCGUGUAAGGAGGCUUUUCAGUUGUUAACAAAGAAAGAACAAUUGUAUGCACACUACCUGUCCCGUGCUUCCUGGUAUGGUGGAUUGAUUGUGCUUGUUCAGACUUCUCCAGAAUCUCCACCUAUAUAUAUCUUGCUUAUGAAGUUAUUUCGAGCUCAGAGUCCCACUGAAUUGGAACCGAUAGCAUUGUCAGUGGGGCUAACUGUAGAUGAAUAUCAGGCCUUACUAGUUUACGCAGCGGGUAUUUUUUCUAACAUGGGAAACUACAAAUCAUUUGGAGAUACAAAAUUUAUACCUAACUUACCAAAGGAAAAGUUAGAGAAGCUUCUGUGGAAAAGUAAAGCUUUUGAGCUGAAUCCUGCAGAAGUAAAAGAACUAUGGAAUAUCUGUGGCAAUAAAAUGUACUCGCUGGAUGACAAGGAGAAGCAGCUUGGACUAGGAGAAAAGGGCAUAACCACAUAUUUCUCAGGAAACUGUGAUCUGGAAGAUGCAAAGAUUGUUCAGAAGUUUCUUGAUUCACAGCAUAUCAGUGCUUAUAAUACACGCCUGUUUAAAUCUGUGAAUAGUGAUGGGAAAUGCUGUUAUGAAGUUCGUCUGGCCUCUGCCUGUACAGAAGGGUCCUCUGUUGCUGAAGAAAAAAACAACAAAUGUGCCUCUUACAAUUUUGAUGGUGCAACUUUUAAGGUUGUUCGUGGCGAUUAUUCUCCUUUAAUGAAGAAAACUGUGGAAAACUUGCAGAAGGCAAAGGUUUAUGCUGCUAACACCCAUGAGGAGCAGAUGCUGGAGGCAUAUAUACGCAGUUUCAGCUAUGGUUCUGUGGAAGAUCAUAAAGACGGAUCUCGACACUGGAUUAAAGACAAAGGGCCUGUUGUGGAAUGUUACAUUGGAUUCAUUGAAAGCUACCGAGACCCUUAUGGAUCUAGAGGAGAAUUUGAAGGCUUUGUGGCAGUGGUAAAUAAAGCAAUGAGUGCCAAGUUUGGAAACCUCGUUUCUUCAGCAGAACAUCUUCUUUCAGAACUACCGUGGCCAAAUGACUUUGAAAAGGACCAGUUCUUGAAGCCUGAUUUCACCUCCUUGGAUAUAUUGACGUUUUCAGGAAGUGGAAUCCCUGUGGGCAUUAACAUUCCUAACUAUGAUGAAAUUCGGCAAAAUGAGGGCUUCAAAAAUGUAUCACUGGGUAAUGUGCUGUCUGUAGCUUCUGCAGCCCAGAAGGAGAAACUGACUUUCCUUCUCGAAGAAGACAAGGAUCUCUUCCUCCAGUGGAAAAGUGCAGCUCUUGAAGUACAAGUGGGAUUACAUGAACUGCUUGGACAUGGAAGUGGAAAAUUAUUUGUGCAGGAUGAAAAAGGUAACUUCAACUUUGAGAAGAACUCCGUCAGGAAUCCAGAGACAGGAGAACUGAUUUCCAGCUGGUACAAAGAAAAUGAGACAUGGGACAGCAAGUUCUCCACUAUUGCCUCCACCUAUGAAGAAUGUCGAGCAGAGUCUGUGGGUCUCUAUCUUUGUCUCAAUGCAGAAGUUCUCAGAAUCUUUGGACAUGAAGGCAAAGAAGCUGAGGAUGUCGGUUAUAUCAACUGGCUUAGCAUGGUGCGUGCAGGAGUCCUGUCGCUGGAAUUUUACACACCUGAAAAAAAUACAUGGAGACAGGCUCAUAUGCAGGCUCGCUUUGUUAUCCUCAGAGUACUGCUAGAGGCUGGUGAAGGACUUGUCACAAUAACAUUCACAACUGGUUCAGAUGGGAAACCAGAUGCAGCCAUAACUUUGGACCGAAGCAAAAUCAUAUCUGUAGGCAAGCCAGCUGUUGAGAAAUUUCUCAGGAAACUACAGAUGAAAAUGUGCACUUGAAGGAGUACGAAAGUAGUGCAGUUGGGCUGAUCUGUUCAUUUGUAGAACGAUUCCCUGAAGAUGGAGAACAGUUGGAGAAACAUCUGUUGGACCUUUAUAAGGCUGAUAUCCAGUGUUGGUGUCAUUAGCCUGCCUAUGCAACAAAAAGAAGGGUGUUUGUUUUUGGUGGGCAUCUAGAUGACAGCCAAAUUAAAUAUUUAGCACUGACUGCUGCAGCCAUUAACUUCUCAUCUGUUUUGUUUGUGAGGUAACCAGCUUUGGCCAUGCCACAAGACAUCCUCUUGCCAGGAAGAGGCCAGAGGCAUCAGAAAUGUACAAACUUAUUUUGAUACCUGAAGUCCUACUUCUGUUACCCUAAACAUCUGAUGGUUUCACCUGGUAGAUAAUGGUUAUUUAUAGCUUAGUUUGGUCCAUUUAAUUCUGUAUUGUAUUGGAGCUUCUGUUCUGCUUUAAGUUGUUUGUAACAUAAGUACAUCUGCUAAAUUCUUAUUCGAACCAUUUGCAGCGAUGAACACUGUGGGGGAUUGCUAGUUAAAAUGUCUUAACAGUUCUGGUUAGUCACUGGAGCCCGGUUCCCGACCCCUCUGGUCACUGGAGCCCAGGUUCCCGACCCCUCUGGUCACUGGAGCCCAGGUUCCCGACCCCUCUGGUCACUGGAGCCCAGGUUCCCGACCCCUCUGGUCACUGGAGCCCAGGUUCCCGACCCCUCUGGUCACUGGAGCCCAGGUUCCCGACCCCUCUGGUCACUGGAGCCCAGGUUCCCGACCCCUCUGGUCACUGGAGCCCAGGUUCCCGACCCCUCUGGUCACUGGAGCCCAGGUUCCCGACCCCUCUGGUCACUGGAGCCCAGGUUCCCGACCCCUCUGGUCACUGGAGCCCAGGUUCCCGACCCCUCUGGUCACUGGAGCCCAGGUUCCCGACCCCUCUGGUCACUGGAGCCCAGGUUCCCGACCCCUCUGGUCACUGGAGCCCAGGUUCCCGACCCCUCUGGUCACUGGAGCCCAGGUUCCCGACCCCUCUGAUCACUUUAUAUCUACAGUUUGCAUGUUGUUCUGUGGCUGCUUAGGUUUUUAUAGUCGCUCUGAUUGUUUCCCACCCAAAAACAUGAAGAUUGACAGGCUUCUUUGGCAACUGUCCAUUUACAUUGAUUUACUCUUGCCUUUUUAACCUACUUUAUGGCUGAUAAAGGUCCAGAAUAGACCAACCUACUUACCUGAUAAUUUAAUAAAUAAAUAUUAUAUUAAAAAAGGUCAUAUCUUAAUACCACUUUUGCUCUGGAAGUGCAUACCAUUCUACUGUUCUCAUAUAUUUUGCAGUGUCUGAUACAUGUGGAGUUUAUUUAGGGUUUUUUUUUUUUUGUGUAUUCCAGAUUUUAUUUUAUUGGCUUUCCUAACAUAAAAUACAACAUACAUAUACAUACAUAUAAAGAACACUUGCCAGAAAAAAGAUGUGAUGUUUAGUAUGUUAAAUGUAAAGCUGAAACAAUCAAAAAUGUGGUCCACCUGUACAAUGCCUUAAUACUUUUAGAACUAACAAAUACUGUAGGCAUACCAUGGGGUACAUGUGGGUCACAUUUUCUUUACAGUCCCAUAAUAAUGGAUAACCAUGUCCAGAGAGCGAACCACAGUGUAGACAAAACUAAAUUUGAUAUCCUUAAUUCAGUAAUUGCUUUUGUGUUGCAUCAUAAUAUUUUUGGUUUGAUGACCAUGCUUUUUGUUUUUCACAUUGUGUUUCACUUUAUGGGCAAUUAUUGUAAAAUAUUUCCUUUAUGUCCUACCUUAAUAACUAUUUUCACAAAAAAGUUAAAUGCCAGAGCAUUUGGUGAAUUUCCCUGUGAGGGUGGAAUUAUGCUGAGUAGGUUGUAGAACCCUCUGUUCCAUUUUUUUCAGAUCCCAGUAUUCCUUUCCAUAUGUUUUAAGAUGUAUGCCGGAUGCGCAGGUAUAUAGAAGUAAGCCUGUGCUGUGGAACCUAAUAACAGAAGUGACACUGAGUCUGCAUCCAAGUGACAUUAAGUAAACACAUGUCUGUGUGAACCAUGGUUCUUAUGAUGGUAGAAGAGUUCCUCACUUUUUGUAUUGCCAUCUCACCUACACAGAUGCAAACUGCCAGAUACCUCCCACAGGAUUGUCUGGCCUUGUUCUUGAAGCUGCAUAACCUUUUGUGAUAUUAUUCAUUUAGCAUUCUAAAUGCAGCUCUGUCUUUCCUGAAUUAUAAUCAUGUGUAAGCAUAAUAAAAUGCCAUUUUCUUUGACCCAUAUUACACUGCAUUGGCAAACAAAAAAUACUCAAGUUUAUAUAUAAAGUGAGUACAAUAAAAGUGAGGAAAGAACACAAAAAUUAAAUAGUUAAAAAUAUAGCACGUGAAAAUUGCAUAACUUAGUAGUGAAAGGAAAGAAAUGUGAGAUGGAAGUGGGAAUGCAUGUGAAUGACUACAUUAACUCGCUGUAAUAUAUGUAAAGGAAUCAUUUUAAAACAUGUUUAAUGGCGGAUCUAAGAUCUCAAAUAAAAAUGCAUAGAUUGUCACAACAUUUUUUUGUGACUCUGCUGUUUCUGCACUUGAUUAGUUUUUAUUUUCAAAAACAGGCGACUACAAAGCAGCCAGAAAGAGGAGAAAGUCAGCAGCAGUAGACCCUACCUACAUGGACAAAAUAAGUAGAAGAUGAGCCCUAAAUGAAAAGGGUACAGCCCACUACAGUAAAAGAAAAGAGACCAUCUCAUCAGUAACAUUCUGAUCUGGCAAAAGGCUUCAGAAGCAGAUAUAUCCAUACAAAACAAGUUAUGUUCAGUUUAACAAUAUAUGUUAAAUGUUAGUUUUCUGCGUGUCUUUGGAAAUAACUUUAUAGAACUUAUGGUUUAAAAAAAUCACAACUGCAGCUCUUUGAUGAAUUUCAAGACAAAUUCUUGCAUAGAACUUAUGGUUUAAAAAAAUCACAACUUGCAGCUCUUUGAUGAAUUUCAAGACAAAUUCUUGCAGUGGUCACAGGGAGCCCUUUUGGAUGCAGCCCUAUAGUCAGAGCUUCUCCACAGAAUCAGUGUUUCUACUGCCCCAUCCAAGGAAAUGAGCAGAAAAACCCUGAGAAUUUAUCCAGCUAUUCACUCUGGAGGCAACUGGGCGCUCAUCUCUCCCUGCACCAAGACGCAUGGGUGACAAUCCCACCAGACAAAUGGGGUUAGGGAGAUAGUAUCCAGAGGUUAUAUAAUUAUUUUUCCUCAGAUAGCAAAGCCAUCCUCCCCUAUACUUCUGGAUGUCUCACUCUGUCAGAAGGAGCUGGUGAGGCCAAAGGUCAAAAACCUUCUCGCCAAAAGGGUCAUCCAGGAAAUCCCACAGAGCCAGAGGAGAUUUGUACUUUAUUCAAGAUUUUUUUUUUCUUAACUAAAAAGAAAGUACCUCAUGCUCAUCUUGGCAGCCCAGAUCAAUGCAUCAACAAAUUCCAGAUGAUCACAGUAAAAUCUAUCCUUCCAUGUCUCCAGGAAGGGGAUUGGAUGGACUGCAGGACAUGUAUAUGCAUGUCAGAAUCCCCAAAGCUUCCAGGAUGUUCCUACAGUUCCUGGUCAGAACCAGACACUAUCAGUUUACAGUAUGGCCACUCAGUCUUAGCACAGCUACCAGGGUGUUCAGAUGUACAGCAGUUGCCUUUCACUUGUGGCUUCUUGGGUUUCAUAUUUUCCCUUAUUUGGACUAGUAGUUCCUAGUCUCUGCCAACAAGGAGAAGCAAGGGAUUGCACACUUCAGCUUUGUCUGUCUGUAGGAAUUUCUGUCUAGGAAAAAUCACAACUGGAAGCCAGGCAUUGUUUUUAUUUGAAGCAGUCUGGACACCAUACACAAGACAGUAAAAAAAUAUUCAGUUUAUAGUAUGCCAUCUCUUUAAUCUUCCUGACCACCUUGGGUCUGAUGGCGUUUACAAUUUAUUUACUACAGCAUGCCAGACAUCUUGAGUGUUGCAGCGGACUCUCAGGAUGCAGUGGUUGCAGAUAGAAGAUGAUGUGGACAGACUCAUCCAUCUUCCUACCACCUGCAGAAUUCAUCUUUGGUGGUUGAACAGCCAGAAUCGCAACAAAAGAAGCUGCUUUGUAACACCACUCCCAUGGCUACAGUUACCACAGAUAUCUGACAUGUUGGGAGGGUGGGACAUUAUUCAGGGUAGACUGUCUAAGGAAUGUGAUCACAACAAGAGAACAUCACUGUACUAGAGAUGAGUGUGAUCUUCCUUGAAUUGCAGGCCUUUCAGGGUUUCCUUCUCCAUGGUAUUAUGUCCAUCCAUACUGACAAUAUGACAGUAGUGUGGCCUAUCAGCAAGUAAGGUGACACAACAUCAUUCCCUCUGUGUUGGGAGGCCAUGAGCAUGUGGGAAUGGGUGAUCUCCAUAAUGCUUCUGUUAGUAACAUGCAUUCCCAGUCAGGUUACCUGUCUGAUCAACAGGCUCAGCAGGUGUAUCCUGAUGCCUCACAAGUGGUUCCUCAAGCCUCAUGCAGUACAUGUUUUGUUCUGCUGCUGGGGAAAGACUUGCUGUCAUUUGCAUGCAUCCCCUACCAACAACACAGUAAAGUAGUGUUUUUGCCCUUAUCCAUCCACAGAGACAGACUCCAAGAUAUUCUGGUCCAUCAGUGGCCAACAGGUCUUCUGCAUGCCUUCCCUCCUAUUCCUCUCAUGGUGAACUUUUCUGUAAAAAGCCAAACUGUGCAGAGCAAAAGUAAUCCUCGUAUUCCCAUUCUGCCUUUGAUGUGUGUGCUUCUCCUUGCUGUGGCCUCAUCUUAGAGAGAAGCUUCUGCUUCUAGAUCACCUACUGGGUCUCCUGUCUGACCCAUCUGGCAGAUCAUGCCCAGACAUCAGUAGCUUUGUUUAACUUCAUAACUUCUACAGUUCCAUUAAUGACCAAGGACCCUUCUUACUUGGCCAGGGUGUGACAGAUCCUUACGACUUCAGAUAAGCUAUCCACUCAAGUUAUGUAGGUGCAAAACUUGAACAGAUAUGGAGGUCAGAUUCUUUCUCUGCCCCAAUACUGUCAGUUUUACUAUUUCUUCCCUCUCCAUUUGAUGCAGGGUUUAACUUUUCUACACUUUAAAGUGCACUUAGCUACUAUUUCUGAUUUCCACAAAGGCUUUAAUUUUCAACCCUUAGCUUCCCUUCAAGUAUGCAAGGGCUUCCUAAAAGGGAAUGUUUGCUUUGUCCCCCUUUAACGGAUUUUACUCCAUCGUGGGGCCUAAGGUCUUAAUUUCAUACUGGAGAAGCUUAUCCACUCUCCUUUCAAAUGGGCAGAACUCACGUUUUUUUAAUUUUGGAAAACUUUCACGUAGUAAUUAUAUCACCCAAGAAAAUUGCAGAACUUCAAGAUCAUUCUUCUUGGCCCCCUUAUCUGGUCAUGCCCAAGGAUAGAGUUUCUGCUCAGAGAGACUCCUCCUUGUUGCCUAAAGUAGCUUCCAAAACUAACAUCAAUCAAACCACCCAACAGAGUUUUUUUCCCCCCCAUUAUAUUCCAAUAAAGGAAAGUAAUGUAUUCAUUGCCUAGAUGUCCAUACACAACUGAGGCUCUAUCUGCAGCUUACAAAACAGUUCAGACAGCAUGACCAGUUAUUUUUCUCCUUCCCUAAAAACGAAUGGAUCAGAAAAUAUCCAGUUACUCUCUUCUGAUUGCAUUUCAUUCAUCUGUACCUCCUCUUACAUGUCCCUUCUAAACUGAAGGCUCACUCCAUGUGAACAGUAGUCACUUCUGCCUUCUCCCAGAAUUCUUCUGUUGAUGUAUGUGCUUCUGCUGCAUGGACAUCACUGUAUACCUUUGCUAGGCACCACAUAUUGGAUGUGGUAUCUCUGUCAAGGUCUUCCUUUGGGGGCCACCAUACUUUGUGGUAUUUUGUGAUGAUACUACCCAGGAUGUUAGCUGGAGAUUCUGUCCCAUCCUUGAAGUGGACAGACUGGAUAACCUAACCUACUAUAGUUAUACCAUAGUGCUGAGUCGUGAUUAGCCAUGUUUCACUCAAAAAAAAAAAAUUCUGUCCAGCCGCAAAUUGUCAUCUACAGAUUACUGACCUUCUGAGGCCUGAUCAACAUUUACUUUCUUAUAGAUUUAGGAGGCAGUUAUAGUAUAAUUAAGGUUGCUACUUAGAUGGGCUUACACAGUGUGAGGAAAACAGAGAAGGGCAGCAUUAUGGUAGACAAUGGAGGGGUUUGCUAUGUGCAGUAUAUCGCACCUGACUGGCCAGUCCCAUCCUUGAAGUGGAUAGAUGAGUCAAAAUCCAAUAUUACAUUGAAUUAACAUGCAGUCAGAAUGAGUCUGACAUUCUGGUGGUCUUGAGAGGAUGUUUUGGCUUUGAAACAGUGGAAGUCUGAAGUAGAAAAACAGCAGCUGGUAGUAAAAAGGAUUUAUCAUUGUUUACAGCAAAUGGUCAUCGUAUUGUAAGUCACAAGUGGCAUGGCCUUGAGGCUAAAACUGCACUUUGUGUAAGCUGGAAAAAGGGAGCAUGCUGAUUAGACAACUUCACAAGCUUCUUUCAAAAAUGGUGACAAGUAAGCUAUCAGUGAUUUAAACCACCUGCCUUACACAAAACCAGAGAGAUGUUCAUUGACUGAGAAGCCCCUUUAAAAAUUAAGAUUAAUUCAUGAAUGCAGUUACGUUAUACCAUUAUCUGAGUUAUUAAUGGUUUAUUUAUGGAAUACACUGAAGUACUGGUUUAUGCUAUCAGUCUAGGCUUACGAAUUAUAUCCAUCUGUAACAUGACAUUUCUUGACAGCUUCAUCACUUGCACCUGUCAUCAUCUGAUUGCCUGAAUGUUGACUUUCUGUUGCUGCCCAUUUGUCUUCAGUGCAUAAUUGUAGGUAAUGUGUUUUAUAAUAGAAAAGCAGAUAGAGAGCGAGCAUGAGAAAAACUUCUAGUACUAUAAAGAUACUCAGCUGUAGCUAAUUUAUCUUACUCGCAUGGCAGUCAUUGCACUUGGUGAUGAAAAAAAUGCCUGGAACCUUCUUAAUAAUUUAUUUGAAACUGUAUGUACCAAAGCUACAUUUCUUACAUAAAGUUGAUCCAUUUUGCAACAAA